AUGGCGACGGCUGGGAUGCGCGUGCUGGUGCUGGCGGCGCUGGCGGUGGGGCUGCUGGCGGCAGUGGUGAGUGGAGCGCGGGACGCCAUGAAGGUAGCCAGGGGCCUCGUCCCAUCGGAGGGGGGCGCGCCUGGCGGGGCGGGGGCGGCGGGGCAGCAGAGGAAGGGUGCGCGCAUUCUGGCGGCUGAGACCUUCGCUCACCACGAGCCUCUGCCCGGCUACCUCGACCACAUCCCCCGCCGCCAGGCCCUCGCCACCACAUGUGGGCGCACGACGGUGACGAUCCGCUCGCAGUACCUGGGGCCGUACGACCUGCACAACGACAUCUACAACAUGACCUUCUACAACGGCUGCGCCUACAACGUCACCAGCCCGCUGCGCGUGUGGCAGUGCUUCAACUUCGGCAACGUGUGGGAGGGCAUCCUCGACAACCCCGCGCCCAACCCCACGCAGUACCAGCAAGGCGAAAUCUUUGUGCAGACGACGCCGGGGUACUGUGAGAUGCGCAUGAACCGCGGUGCAAGCGGCACUCUACAGAUGCUCCCCGGGGAGACGGUGAACAUUGUGUAUGCGUACUUGUGGGACUUCCGGCCCUGCGUGCAGGAGCUGCGCUUCGGCAAUGGCAACAGCUACUCCAUGACCAACACCACCGAAUGCCAGCUCGCAGCUGUUAUUUAG